AUGGGUAUGACAGAUCCGCGAUCAUUCCAUGGCCGUGUCCGGUCGACGUUAAAGGGCACGGGGUUCCAAUCGCUGCCUGCGAGGUGUGAGCGGCUGCUAAAAGCAGAAGUCAGGACAUGGGCAGAAAUAUGCACCCUACAAAUCGCACCACCCAACAAGGAUACGGAGUUGGGAUGGACAUCCAAGCAACAGGGAAACGGUGAAGAAACAAUUGACGAGUCACAAAAGGCCGCUGCUCCAAGGAAUACUACACUCCCAGAAGCGGCCUGGGGCCUAGCGGAAUCGGCGGAUUCUCCGUCUGCCGAUGCACGCUUAUUCCUCGCUAGCGCCCACGGGUGA